CUGCCAUGGAUUCGCAGCCUGUUGAAGACCCCAUUGAGAUGGCAAUUGACUCCCCCGGACGCAAGACGUUGGUUCUUGGAGAAUCAGACAGCGACUGUGACACUGGGUUUGACCCCCAACCCAUUCCUGCACCGGCACCACCUUCGCCCAAGCCAUCGUCCCUGUUGGGGAAAGUCAAGAACAAGAUUCUCGAAAAACGCGCUUCCAGCCCUAAAAUCAAGGCGGAACCUCUUGACAAGAGCAAGGAGGCAAAGACAGAGGAAGGUGAGGAACAUUCGAAACCUUGCCCCGACUCUCAGUACAGAGAUGAGUUGGCCUGAAUUUCAUUUUAUAUUUGUGUGCCUGAGUCAGAGUUAAGAUUCUGAUGGCCGGCUGACCAAAAUUUUGGAACACGGC